AUGACAAAUACAUCUGAUUCAAAAUAUGAUGACUCAUAUUUAAAUAAAAUAUCGGAUAAAAAAAUUAAAGGAGCGAGUAAAUACAAAUACAAUCUAUACACAUUCAUAAUCAUAACUUUAUUACAAAUAUUUGUAAAUUAUGAUAUUGGACUAGUUCCUGUUUCCCUGAACUGGAUUCAGGAACCAUACAAUUUUAGUAGUACGGAACUGGGUAUAAUGGGUUCAUUUGUAAACUUUGCUUAUGUUGUAAUGUCACCUUUAAUGCCAUAUAUGUUUCUAAAAUUCAGUACUCAACCGUUAAUUACUGUAGGCUUAAUAUGUAAUAUUCUAUCGUUGGGUAUUUAUGCACUUUCUGUAAGCAAGUAUAUGUUUUUUGUUUCUAAAUUUUGUAUUGGUGCAUCACAGGCAUUAUUCACGACAUAUUAUCCCAUAUGGGUUGAUACAUUUGCUCCGAAAUUUCAUAGAAAUCUGUGGAUGUCGAUAAUACAAGGUGGCAUAGUUAUUGGCAUGACGUUGGGUUAUAUUAUUACAUCACUAUAUUCGUAUGCUGGAGAUAAGGGAUGGAGAUACAGUAUGCUUACUCAGAUUUUAUUUGGUUUAGUUUUAACAAUUUUGUUUUAUUUUAUUCCUAAGGAAUUUGUAAACUUUGAUCCUUCGAGGGAUGAGCAUCUGGAUUUUGAUCUUUGUACUUGUGAGAAGUCAAAUCCAAAUACCACAGAAAUGGAUAGUACUAACAAAAGUGUUUGUUUAUCCAGUACAUGUGAUGAUUUAUCUCAAUCCAAUGAUUCUGUUCUUAAACGUUAUAGGAGCGUUGACUUUAUCUCAAAGGUAUCAUCACUAGGAAUAAGUAACCAUAUUUCUAAAACUUAUUCUAGUUUUGAUAGCUCUACAAAUAAACCUGAAUAUUCUAAAUGCAGUAAAUGUUUCAUAAACAAUGUUAAAUUAUAUCAAGAAACGAUGAAUGUAAAAAAACUCUCAGUAUGGUCAAAAUUUAAAUUAUUAAUUAAACAACGUGUUUAUAUUUUAAACUGCUUCGCAACCAGCUAUGCACAUUAUUCCUGUAAUGGAAUCUAUUUUUGGAUGACAACAAUUGGUGUAUCAUUUUAUAAUAUCAAAAUGAAAACAGCUUUCUUUAUUUUUUCUUUCGAAAUUUUUUCUGGGAUAUUACUAGGAAUUACCGUUGGUUCUAGUUUUAUAGACAAUAUUAUUCACAAUUAUCCUGAAAAUCCACUUUUAGUUGAUUUAACACUUAUAAUCUGGUCAUCAAUUACAUUCAUACUAGGAGUUAUGGUAAUAAUAUUUAAAUCAACAAUAAUCUAUGUUAUUGGAGUGUUUAUUACAUUUUUUUUUGAAUCAUCAACGGUUCCCACAUUAACAUUACAAUCGGUCGCAUAUCUUCCUCAUAGACUUAAACCAGCAGGGGCAUCAUUCUUCAUUUGUCAAUAUCAAAUAUUCGGUUUUGCAUUUGGUAGUAUAAUUCCAGGACUAGCAAUUGAUAUCUUUAAGAAUUAUACUGCCGCUCUUUGUGUAAUAUAUUUGCCUGGUUUUAUAGGACUGGGAUCAUUGGUGUCAAUAUUAUGCAUUAAAUAUAAUUCAAUUAAGAGACAACAACAACGACAUAUUUCGUAUUUUUAA